AUGGCAGCCCGCAGCAGGCCCCGUGGUCAGUUGAAGGAGGAGUUCGACGAGGAAAGAGCCCUCUGGAACUCGAUCAAAGCUGACGGACGUCGCGUUGAUCAACUCAUGAAAGAGUCGGAUGCCUUGCAAGAGAAAAUCACCGCCCUCGUCGCAGAACAGUCUGCUCGUCAGCACCGCGGCGAGGAAACCUCAGCCCGUAUUGAUGACGAGCUUGAAGACCUUCUGCGCGAAAACAUACGUAAUCUAAACGAGGCACAGACCCUUCUCCAGCAGGUCGAAGGCGGCAACGAUGUCUCCACUCAGAUAGAACUCCUGGCUGCCCUCCGUCAGUCGGAAGAGGCCCCGCCCUCAGCAUCACGAGCCACCAGCGUUGGGCACGGAAAGUCUGGACGCGAUCGCCAAGGCAAGCGAAAGCAUAACGACAACAUCGACGACCGCGACAGCAUGGCUGCGGACAGUCCUGGAGGUCCCAGUCCGAAGGUCGUUAUCAGCAGUCAGAAAGAUCGACUGGUAGCCAAGUCAGGCAGUAGCAGAGCAGGAUCGGUACCUGUUGCGAGAGAGGGCAGUGUGAAGAUGGACGAAGACGACUCGGGUAAGGAAAUCCGACCACGUCUUUCGCCGCAGACAGAGGUCCUCUACCGAAACAACGCGAAGAAUCGCUCUUCGGCGUCCUCCAUGUCGUUCGAGGGCGAGGGCAUCUUAUGCCGCGUGACAUCCGUAAUCGGCGAAGGAAAGCAACGUCGGUACGAGAUCAUCGAUGCUGAUCCGGACCCACCGACACCAUCAGUACCAUACCGUGCUUCCGUCAAUCACCUGAUACCCAUCCCACCACCCUCAUCAAACACCACAUUACCAGACCUAAGCAAAGGAAAGAACGUACUUGCUCUCUACCCAGGCACCACCACUUUCUACAAAGCGGAAGUGGUGGCUGUCUGGAAGCAGAGUGAUGGCAAGGUCAAGAAAGAAGAUGGUGGCAAAGAAGGCGAUGGCGUAGACAAUCUCGUCAGGUUGAGGUUCGAAGGUGAAGAUGAGGCAGAUCGUGAGAUGAGUGUAGAAAGGAGGUAUGUGCUGCCUGAUAGAUGA